ACUAGCAUGUAUGUAUUCCUCCGCUUGUUUUGCUGAAUAUUAUAACUGCUGGUGGAACAGCAAUAAUGAUGAUGGCGGUCACUGGAAUUCGCUGCAAUGAUGAUACAUUAAAAAUUGGAUUACCUUUACAUUUUGACUUCAUUUUACAAGUUUAACAAAAGAUCUAUUUUGUUAUGCGGCAGCUCAUAGCGGCUUACCUCACAACCUCCGAUGACGUUUAUGGCGCCAGAAAUCAAGGGUUUAGUAAGGCGCUUGACUGUCGGCUGUCGGAUAUUUGCCGUUAUAUCUGCUAUGACGGUGCAACCAUAAACUCUAAACAUAUCAGGUGAUUUUCCGUCGUUUGUGGACAUAUACGGUUGAUCAAGAGUCAAGAUGGUGAUCCUACGUAGCAGCGGCAGUGUCGGAGCUGAACCGAUGGCUUCUACGCCGAAGAGGAGGUCGAUUGAUUUGGAUACAAGCUCAGAGUUUUUGUCCCUGAUUCCCGCGUCGCAGAGAAAGUCCGCCCGACUUACCCGGUCUUCCCGUUGCUUGAAUGACAGCUUCAGCAGCCCUGAAAACACCUCGGUAAAUGGCCAUGCUGGUCAGAAAGAGGGAAGCGGUCUAUAUCAUUCUCUAAGGACCAGAGGACAAAGAAGUAAACUAGAGGUCUCUUUUGCUGACAUGGAGCCAAAGAGCAGCUCUCCUUUAGAUGAAGCCAAAGCUGAAGGGCACUGCACCAGGAAAUCAUCCAGGCUGCAGAGAGAGGGAAAAGCAUCCAGUGGAAAUCAGCAAGCAGAUGUUCCAGAUGUAGUGGAGGGGUCGUCCACUCCUAAGAGGAGUCGUUUUAACCUUCGGAGCCGAGAUACUGAGGAAGAAGAGGAGGAAGAGGAAGAUCGGGCAGUGCGACGAAGCUCUCGGAUCACCAGAUACAAAUUGAAUUCUCGCAACCAGUCUGUGCUUUAUGAUCGUCUCAUCACCAACACUGCUGAAGCUGUUCUCCAAAAGAUGGACGACAUGCAGAAGAUGAGACGCAGACUGAGAAGCAGAGACACAAAAGAAGAGCAGCUAGGCGGGUACACCAAUGGCAGGAUGCAGCGGUCUCUGCUGACAAGUGCUGAGAGUAAAAAAAGUGAGGAGAAGAACCAAGUAGAGGAUGAUGAUGAUAAUGAAGAAGAUGAAGAUGAUGAGGAAGAGGGAGAAGAUGAUGAUGAUGAUGAAGAUGGCGAAGAUGAGGAUGAGGAAGAAGAAAACCAACGACGCUAUGACUUCCGACAGAGAAAGACUGUGGUUCGCUACCAGGCCCCACAAGAUGAACCCCGAGAGCCCAGGAAACGCAGCGUGUACUUUGAGGAGCAUUCGUCCCCUACCAGAUGCAGAUUCAGAUUCAGCUCCACAGCCCCCAGAAGCCCCUAUAACAGGAGAACCAGUAGGAGUAGUUCUGAGAGAAGGAGACAUGCCAUCCACAGUAGUGACUCCACAUCCUCCUCUUCGGAUGACGAGAAGUUCCAGAGACGAAGGAGUAAAAACAGGAGCAGGUCUGUGAACAGAUGUCUGCCAAUGAAUCUUGUUAAAGAGGACCUACUGGGAAUCCACAAGGACAGGAUGAAGAUUGGAGCCAGCCUUGCUGAUGUGGACCCUAUGCACAUUGACAAGACGGUUCGCUUUGACAGCAUUGGAGGUUUGAGCAAACACAUUUCUGCACUUAAGGAGAUGGUGGUGUUCCCUCUUCUCUACCCAGAGGUCUUUGAGAGGUUCAGGAUACAACCACCAAGGGGCUGUCUGUUUUACGGUCCUCCAGGCACAGGGAAAACCUUGGUGGCAAGGGCUCUGGCCAAUGAGUGCAGUCAGGGAGAAAGAAAGGUGUCAUUUUUUAUGAGAAAAGGAGCCGACUGCCUUAGUAAGUGGGUGGGAGAAUCUGAGAGACAGCUGCGACUGCUGUUUGACCAGGCAUAUCAGAUGCGUCCGUCAAUCAUCUUCUUUGAUGAAAUUGAUGGUUUGGCUCCAGUCAGGUCCAGCCGCCAAGACCAGAUUCACAGUUCUAUUGUGUCAACCCUUCUGGCUCUCAUGGACGGAUUAGACAGCAGAGGAGAAGUUGUUGUUAUUGGAGCUACAAACAGACUGGACUCCAUUGACCCAGCUCUGAGAAGACCAGGACGCUUUGAUAGAGAAUUCCUCUUUGGCCUGCCAGACAGAGAGGCAAGAAAGGACAUCCUUAAGAUCCACACUAGACAAUGGACUCCUUUACCCUCUGAUGCUUUCCUGGAAGAGCUUGCAGAUAAAUGCGUUGGGUAUUGUGGAGCAGAUAUCAAGGCAGUGUGUUCAGAGGCGGCCCUUUGUGCGCUGCGGCGUCGCUACCCUCAGAUCUACUCCUCAUCACAGAAACUUGUACUGGAUGUGAACUCUAUUGUCAUCACUAACAAAGACUUCAUGUGUGCCAUGUCCAAGAUGGUGCCAGCUGCCCAGAGGGCGGUAGUGUCACCUGCUAAAGCCUUGAUACCUGCCAUUCGUCCUCUGCUGAGCGCAACUUUGCAGAACAUCCUCCACACAGUCAGCAGAGUGUUCCCACAUGCUGAGCAGGGUUUAAAGAGGAAGAGAGAACAAAAUCUGGCCUGUGGAUUGUCUGAGGAUGAGCUGAUGUUCAGUGAAGAAGAGGACUUUGAGGUUUCCUUUGGUGGACUAACCUCUCAACCCCACCACAAAAUAACUGCUGCUAAAAGCCUCUUGAGUGUUAACAGAGGAGUGUUGAGCCAGCCGACGUCCUACCGUCCCAGGCUUCUGUUGGCGGGCAGACCAGGCUCGGGUCAGAGUUCCCACCUGGCUCCUGCUGUUCUCCAUGCUCUGGAAAAAUUCACAGUGUACACACUGGACAUGGCUGUGCUGUUUGGAGCCAGUGCAACGUUACCAGAAGAAACCUGUGCUCAGAUUUUUGUUGAAGCCAAGCGUACCUCUCCAAGCAUCUUGUACAUCCCCCACAUUGAACAAUGGUGGGAAACAGUGAGUCCUGCCUUAAGAGCUACCUUCCUGAGCCUCCUUAGCUCCAUCCCUGCCUUCUCUCCUAUUCUGCUUUUGGCUACCUGCAGCCUCCAUUAUCACUAUCUCAGUAUGGAGGUGCAGGAGUUGUUUCGGAUUGAAUACGGAGAGGUUUUUCAUGUCCAGGUCCCCACCAGCCGAGAAAGAAGGGACUUCUUUGAGGAUCUGAUUCUUAACCAGGCUGCAAGAGCCCCUGCUUCAAAAAAGAAAGCUGUGCUCCAUGCUUUGGAGGUGCUUCCAGUUGCCCCUCCCCCUGCACCACGUCACCUGACAGAAGAAGAGAGUCAGAAACUGGAAGAGCAAGAGGAGGACACCCUCAGGGAACUUCGUCUUUUUUUGCGUGAUGUCACAAAUCGCCUGUCUCAAGAUAAACGGUUCAAGGCUUUUACAAAGCCUGUGGAUUUAGAGGAGGUUCCAGAUUAUGCCGAGGUGAUCCAGAAGCCCAUGGACCUGUCAACGGUUCUUUCUAAGAUAGAUCUUCAUCAUUACUGGACAGUCAAAGAGUUCCUCAAGGAUGUGGAUCUUAUCUGGCAGAAUGCCCUCGAAUACAACCCAGAUAGGGACCCUUCAGAUCGUCAGAUCCGCCACAGAGCAUGUGCAUUGAAGGACACUGUACAGGCUAUCAUCCGAGAAGAGUUGGAUGAAGAUUUUGAGAAAAUUUGUGAGGAGAUCAAAGAGUCGCGCAGAACAAGAGGUUGCUCUACUGCACAGUUUGCCCCCUCCUUCUACCAUGUCCUUCCCAAACAGCCCAAAUCUGCCAUGAACACCAGCAUCGCUGACACUGAACCACAAAGAGAGACAAAUGGAUCCACAACUGCAGUAGCUCCCACUACAAGUUUCCCUACUAUUACAACACCCAAAAACACAGCCCAGAAGAAGAAACGCCGGAAAAGUCGCUGGUCUACUGGCCACAUCGCAAAGAAGAAAACUUACUCUUCUAAUGUGUCCAAAGAUGAUUCACAGUUGGCCUCUGAGUAUGAAGAUGAUGGAGAUGAUGAAGAGGAUGUUGAGAAGGGAGGAAGAGCGGAGCAUCAUGGAAACAAUGAAACAGAAGAACAUCAGAUGGUUGUUGAAACAGAGCCAGGACCUGCAGCACCGCAGGAUGGUAGUUCCAUGCCCCGUGAAAGAGAGCUGAACAGUCAGGAAGAGGGAUCGCAGCGGGACGAGACAAAACCAGCCACUGAAGAGGAGGUUGCUCUGGGCGAAAAAGAGAAACAAGAAAAUGACAGAGAGAUGGAGAAAAACAAAGACAAACCUGUAAAACAUCAGUCAAGACAGUCUGAAAAUGAAAAUAAUGAAGGAAGAGAUGUUAACAAUGAGUCCAUCUCACUGAAUGUUAACAAGGAGGGCCAUACAGAGGCAGAAUAUGACGCUCAGAACAGUAAUACAGCAGAGACUAUCGCUGAAAAUCAGUCAGAGACUCAAAUUCUACAGACUCAGUCUUCAGAAGAACCACAGAGCAAUGUAGUUACAGCAGAGGAAGCUGAGCUGAAUAGUCCUGCAGAGCCAAUGGAGACAAAUACAACAGAACCCUUAACCCCAGAGGGAGCUGUCACAGAUUGCAACAUGAGGCGAAUGACUCGGGCUCUAAAGAACACUGUCCUGCAGCAGCAGAUGAUCAAUGUGGACAAAGCUCUGCAGAUCCUGCACCAGGAAACGCCUCCUCUGGUUGUGGACAGAGACAAAUUAAAGGAGCUGUUGGAGAAAGUGGUGUCAAAGACUGAAGGCUAUGAGGUGUACAAGCUAGAGAAACUCUACGCCCUUCUCUGUCAGAGUGUCUACAGACACAGACGAGACCACAACAAAACAGCACUUCUAAAAGACAUGGAACAAGAGAUUGAAGACUUCUGCUGAUCUAACAGCAACAUGACCAUUUAUAACAGUGACCAUUAACCCUUGAUCUGUGUAAUUUUACAUAUACUGGUUCUAUUUUAAUAGAAAUUUAUAGGCAUUUAUAUUUGUGCUGUAGCUUAAACUUUGUAUAACCUUAUUUGUUUAUAUGUAAGUAAAUAGUUUUCAUCUAA